CUCUUUCAACGCCAUGUUCUUUUUGGUGUUGCCCUCCGAUGCUUCGGAUUCGUCUCUUGCUGUUGAUUCGAGAAAUUUCCAGUUCGGAUCAAAGUCGUCCAAUUGUCUUCCAAAAUCCGUUUCCGAAUCAAAGAAUUUCCACAAGCCAUAGUUCAGCGGAGAAUGCCUUGCUAGAAAGGUCCACAGUCGCUUUGGGAACGAAUUCACUGGGGCAUUCUCAACGUAUUUCUGGUAGCACUUGGUCACGGAACCCGCGAUCAUCCCGAAGAUCGAUCCACCGAUAUUGGAUAGCAUCUCGAGCGGAUUUUUUAGGAUCGAGGACGUUACCGACUUGAUGAGAGAAGAAGAGCUGGAAAUGUCGGAAUGAUCGUCGUCUGGCAUGAUAUCGGAACUACCGGAGAGCGACAAGGACGCCGCCAGAGAGGAGGUUUUUUUACCUUCGUCUUCUUCUUGUUGAUGAAGAUACGGUGGGGAGACUUGUUGCCAUCCAUCGUCCAAAAUGACAUUCUUGACAGGUACCCCUGCAUCGGUUAGGCACUGGACGCCCUCCAGGAUGCCGGUGGGAUGGACCUUGGAAUAAAAAGCAUCCCAGCUACACCAUCCAAACGAGUUCAAAAACCCCGUUGGGACUUGUUUUUGGUCGAGUGUUUCGAAACUUUUGCCCAGCAGCUCGGAAACUUGCCGAAAUCCCAGCUUGAGAAGUUCGAACGGCUCGUUGUGAACCGCAACGUACAAUGCAUUCCUCGGGUUUUCACCGCCGGCAGUCCUUUGCGGAGGAAGGAUUUCUCCCGACUCGGAGUAGCUGACUAGCGUCAUCUUGCGACGAUCGUCGCCCGUGCUGCUUGUAUUGUCGUCGUUGUCGUUGUCGUCCUUGAUGGAAUCCGAUGUGGAUUCCAGGGCAGAGCGGAACCCCCCGUCUACCAGAGGCAUCAUCAAGGCGUAAAAGGGAGGGGAAGAAUCGGCUGGCGAUGUUCCCGGCUCGUUUGGUUCGAUUUCCACCAGCAGAAAUUGUGUGUCCACCGGAAUGGUCUCGCCGCUGUUGUCGCCGACUCCCGUUCCGCCGAAUUUAGGCCCCAUCCAGUAUCGGUUCAACCGUGACGCGGCCAGAAAUUUGUGUGGGUGUUGCAGCCGUCGUUGCGGAGAGUCGUGGCUAUUGUCCGGCGCGGAGGACGGCAAGAAGUUUCCCAGGCACAGCGAUUCGAUCGCUGUUGAUGGAAUUCUGGUCUGGAGAGCCAGCGAGGAAAACGAAGACGGCAGGGGAGCCGACGACGAUCCUUCGUCCGGCCUUGCCGCCGUCCAGGUUUCCGGAGACAAACCAUCGAAAAGCAAAAUGGGAUUCUGACGGCCGCCCAGCGAAAGCGCCAAACACUUUCCGCUGUGAUUCAAUUCCGCGGGUGUCGGUGGCGGAGAUAUCGUGACGGUAACACCGUCCGUAGGUAAUCCCAAGCGGCCGUUGAUUUUGCCCCCGAUCGUGCUAUCGACAUCGAUUUCCUCCGUGGAACCAAUUGUGUUUUUGGCCGUCGUGCUGUACCGUUUUGUCUGAUGUCGCAUUCGGUUGCUUCCGUCAUCGUCGGAAGAGGCAGAAAAACACGAGUUUUUGGUGUGGGGAACAAUAGGUGACGGUUUUGUCCGUUGGCAAGAAAACGCUCUUACGAGAGCGACGUUGGAAGAUUGGUUCGGUAGAACGAGCAGUAGCAACGGGAGAAGUUUCAUCGCUGUUCCACGAAAGAGCUCUAAGAUGCUGCCGAUGCCACUCGGAAACACCACAGGCCUUGUCGUCGCUUUGCGAGAGGCCAUGGGGGAAGGAGGGGCAGCUGUUUCUUCUUGGAGAUCGGGCGGAUUGUGAUGCGCGCCCUUGCUAGCAACGUCCUGGCCGGCAACUGGUGCGGUGCUUGCUGUUUACCGUUUCAAUAAUAUCUCUGAGGAAAU